UACAUUUCAUUCUCCGUGGCACGCUGUUCCUGGGCGUGCAGUAGGCCUUUUAGCCGAGGUCCAAGCAAAUGUCGCCGACGACUCUGUGUCCUGGCCAACGGGCCUCUAUGCAGCCCGCCGGCAUCCGUAGCCGUCGUUUAAUUAAGAUCGCGGCUGUUGCUGCACCCGAGAAGCCGGCUGCUGCGGCGCCUGUUAUCCCGGCAGGACUCAACAAGUACAGCAGUCGGAUUACGCAACCCAAAAGCCAGGGCGCUUCGCAGGCUAUGCUGUAUGCUACCGGCCUGAGGGAGGAGGACAUGAACAAGCCGCAGAUCGGCAUCUCCUCGGUUUGGUAUGAGGGCAACCCCUGCAACAUGCACUUGAUGGACCUGGCGGCGGAGGUGAAGAGAGGCGUAGAGGACAUUGGCAUGGUGGGCUACCGCUUCAACACCAUUGGCGUGUCAGACGGCAUCUCCAUGGGCACCGACGGAAUGAGCUUCAGUCUGCAGAGCCGAGACUUGAUCGCGGACUCCAUCGAGACUGUCAUGAGCGCGCAGUGGUACGACGCCAACAUCUCCCUGCCAGGUUGCGACAAGAACAUGCCCGGCACGCUGAUGGCCAUGGCUCGCCUGAACCGCCCCUCGCUUAUGAUUUACGGAGGGACCAUCAAGCCGGGGCACAGUCGCACGGACGGCGCCGUGCUGGACAUCGUGUCGGCCUUCCAGAGCUUUGGUGCCUACUCGGCGGGCCUCAUCACUGAGGAGCAACGACGGGACAUUGUCCGUAACUCGUGUCCAGGGGCCGGGGCGUGUGGGGGGAUGUACACGGCGAACACCAUGGCGUCCGCCAUUGAGGCCCUAGGCAUGACGCUGCCGUACAGCUCGUCCAUUCCGGCCGAGGACUUGCUGAAGAAGGACGAAUGCCGCAUGGCGGGCAGGUACAUGUUGGAGUUGUUGAAGUCGGAUCUGAAGCCGCGGGACAUCAUGACGUACAAGGCCUUUGAGAACGCCAUGGUGCUGGUGAUGGCCACCGGGGGCUCCACCAACGCCGUACUGCACUUCAUCGCCAUGGCGCGCGCUGUGGGUGUGUCUCUGAGUCUGGAUGACUUCCAGAGGGUGUCGGACCGUGUGCCCUUCAUUUGCGACCUGAAGCCCUCUGGGCGGUAUGUCAUGGAGGAUGUGCACAAGGUUGGCGGCACCCCCGCAGUCCUGAAGUAUCUGGACUCCAAGGGCUUCAUCAACCGGGACUGCAUGACCGUUACCGGCAAGACUGUCGCUGGCAACCUGUCCGAGGUUCCGGAGCUCCGGGCCGGUCAGGACGUGGUGCUGCCCAUUGAGAAGCCCAUUAAGAAGACGGGCCACAUUCAGAUCUUGUACGGCAAUCUGGCCCCGGAGGGCUCCGUCGCCAAAAUCACCGGCAAGGAGGGCCUCAAAUUCGAGGGUGAGGCGUUGGUGUUCGAUUGCGAGGAGGACAUGAUUGCGAUGGUUGGAGCGGAACCGAACAAAUUCCGUGGCAAGGUUGUGGUGAUUCGCUACGAGGGCCCCAAGGGCGGCCCCGGUAUGCCCGAGAUGCUCACCCCCACGUCCGCCAUCAUGGGGGCCGGUCUGGGCAAGGAGUGCGCCCUCAUCACGGACGGGCGCUUCUCGGGAGGCAGCCACGGCUUCGUGAUCGGACACGUGACCCCGGAGGCGCAAGUCGGAGGGCCCAUUGCGCUGGUGAAGGACGGGGACAAGAUUGUGAUUGAUGUUGAGAAUCGCGUCAUGGACAUGGUGGUUUCGGAGGAGGAGAUGGCGGCUCGGCGUGCAGCCUGGGUAGCGCCGCCGCUGAAGGCGACCAGUGGCACCCUUUACAAGUACAUCAAGAACGUCACCUCGGCUUCUACUGGCUGUGUCACCGACUCGUAAAUGUUGUGCAAAUGACCAAUCUCGGGAGCUGACAUGACUAACUGAUUAAUGGCAAGCAGGACCUUUGACACGGCUUGCGACCAGUAUACUACUAUUCACUCAACCUAACUGACAUACAUUUCGGACGGAGGCUGGAUUGACAGCAUGACAAAUGUUAUGUUUACCAAAUAUGAUAAAGGACUCGCACGGGACUAACUAUCGGAUGGCACAGAGGGUCGUUGGGUCGUUGGGGUCCAUCCCUCACUACGGCCCACCUGCUGCCCUCGCCCGCGGUGUUACUCAUGUGCACUCAUGGGUCUCAUUGCUACCUUUGAGGUGCAUAAUGCCAUACAUGCAUACAUUCGGCAUGGCUUUCUACAGUACACGUGGCCAAUGCGUUGCGGGCUGUCGGGCGAUGUAGUGGUGUAGUGGGACAGCUGUGUAGUCGCUGUAAUUUUUGCGUGCAUGCACCUGUCAACCAUCGAGCUGUUACACUAGAUGUACAGACAAGGAGCGGUUGUUAACGAUAUGAUGCUGGGCAUGAUCGUUAUAGCACUAUAUAUAUGUGUGUAGGAACUGAGUACAGUUGCCAUGCAGCCGUGCGGCUUUUCAAUUAUGUGGGAUGGAUUUGGCAGGGGGCGAAUCUUGUGGGGUCUUGGGAUUUUAUGUGGUGGUGAAACCCUAACCUUUCCAGGCAGGCAGGAUGGUCUACAGGACGGUGAUGGAACAUUUUGGUGUCUCGUACAAUAGGGCAGGUCUGCUGAUUGGAGCGUACUGAUCUGCAGUUUGCAGCUGACUUCAGGUGAUAUCUUUGUGCACAUGUAGGAGUUGGGUGUUUUUUUUACUGUUUGUACCUCAAGAUACAC